CUGUCAGAAUAGGAAAAUACCGGCGUAGUGUCGUUUUAAUUUCUCAAAUAACAUCAGAAAAUCCACUAAUACUGGAACAAGAGGGCGACAUUUGCCAUUUCGACGCUCUUUUCAUUCAUUUGAAUAAUCUUUUCAUACGACGUGAUUAAAGCUCGCCUGCUGUGACGUAAGCGAGCUUUAGGUGAGUCUCGCGCAGCGCCUGCUCUCCUUCUCUUCCUCGCGCACCCCUCCUGCCUGCCUUCCUGCCUGAAGAGAUACGAUGAAAUCGCUCGCGCUCGCUGUCAUCAUCAUCAUCAGCGCCGCCCUGUAGAGAGAGAGAGAGAUAGAGACAGAGAGAAAGAGAGAGAGAGAGAGAGAGAGAGAGAGAGAGAGAGCUCCAGGCCCCCCUCCCCACCUUACAACAACCCCAACCCCGCAGGCUCGAGCACAACGACCCCACCCCCCAAUCCCCUCUGAGAGGAGACGGAGCGAGAGAGGCGCAUAACAGAGUCACGGAGAAAAGACCGUGUUUCGGGAUCCCGGCUCUGUUCAGCCCUCAAUCUGGGCCUAAUGCUGUAGCAGACCGCGCGGGAGGAGAGCUCGAGCGAGAGACAACGCACUGAUUGAGAGUCGGCGAGGGACAGGGCGGACCGGAGAGAAGACGGGAUUGCUCAUUCGCCUGGAAACAUGGGAUGUACACUGAGCGCCGAGGAGCGCGCGGCUCUGGACCGGAGCAAGGCCAUCGAAAAAAACCUGAAAGAGGACGGGCUGGUCGCCGCCAAGGACGUCAAGCUGCUGCUGCUCGGUAAGAGAAGAGCGUCUCAUGCGCCGCGGGGCUGCAGAGCCUCGGCUCGGCACGGUGGUGGUGGGGCUGCAUGGGGCGGAGGUGCUCUCCGUGGUACUGAUUUCACUGCCGGCUCUGACUCUGCCUUCCGUUCUUUACAGGCGGCGGAGAGUCCGGCAAAAGCACCAUCGUCAAACAGAUGAAGUAAGUCUAUUUUUCUCCGCUCGUUUUAACCCUCACCGGCGCAGUCCGAGUAAAAGGCCCGAGAUUGCGCCUCCCCUAUCUGUGCUAAGGCAGGUUGAGCCGCCAUGUUUCGAGAGGCCGUAGCCCCGGAGGAGUGCCGGUGACUCGAGCACCUCCUGCAGACCGAAAGUGAGGCUGCGGAGGCCGUAUGUGUGCGUCCCAGGGUGCUGUUCACUGCCUGGGUGCUGAAAUAUAGUUAACUGGGGUUUGUCUUUACUACAGGGAGUGUGCGGCUGGGGAAUAGGUGGGUGUUGUUCCUCUGCGCGCGUGAGUGUGCGCGCGUGUGCAUGAAUGUGUGUGUGUGUGUGUGUGUGUGUGUGUGAAUUACAUUGAGGUCACUACAGCUCCAUUAGUGAAUACCUCUGCUUUUAAUCUUAAUGGCUUUAAGUGCCCGAUAUCGCCGGGAGUACUUUGCCUAUAAAGCGGAUUUACGCAGAAAUAUGGCUUCUAAAACCACAUCUAAACCUUCCCCUGUCUAAGCUAAAUCACUCUUUGAUGUUUUACAUCACUGUUGUUGUUCUCUAUAAACCUCUUAGUUUAGUUUCUAGAUGUUUCACUACGGAAAAAAAAGCUCUAUCCCAUUGUAUAUUUUGCCUGGUCCAGCAUCUCUCUCGGUGGUUUUAUGGGUAUAGCUGUGUUACUCCGUCCUGUUCGGCGCAUCCUCCGGCCUGCACUGCACUGACUGCACCCUCCCUUCCUGCUUCCUCCUCUUCCCUUCACCUCAUUACCCUCCCUAUGGUCCCCGGGUUGUGUAUAACUCACUGCUGUGUCUGAAUGCAACACACAGGGCCUGAGAGUGUUUACAAACACUAACCAGGGUUUCUCUUAGCUAAAGCAGACAACAGAUGAUGGAUUUUAGGUCAUAAAGAUAGGUGUGGGGGGAUUUAUCUAUUAUCACCAUUGUGCAAGUCACAAGGAAACAUUUCUGCAUGCUAUUUGUAGAAGGCCAGGUUGUGGUAGAUCUAUAGCUGCGAUUGGUUUGUGUGUGAAAGAAACAGUCUGGAAAGCCUUGAGAAAUCUGAACUAAAACCUUAAAUGAUCAAAAAAUGUCAUAGUUGUUAAAUGACUCCUGUGGCAGCAAAAAAAUGUUCACACUGAAAUACAUUUGGUGUAUUGAUUACAUGGAUUACAGGAGAAACAACCUUGGUGAUGGAUGACGUUCUUUAAGGCAGUUUAGUCAGAUGUAGCAGGAUCUCAGUGGUGUCUUUUUUCUUAAUCUUUUCCAUCAUUCACUCACUUAUUCUUUAAAAAAAGAGCUCAAACUUUUACUGUGCAAAAUAAAAAUUCAAUCUGCAACUCUUUAGACAGCCUGUUAAUUAUUCAAAGUCAUCUCUCAAGAUGUCAAAGCCUCCUUAGUUCUGACUGUGGUGAAUGGGAACAUCAACUUACUCAGCAGUGAAUGAAAAAUCAACUAUAUUCCCAUUUUUAUUUGGAUUCUUGAAAUACUGGUAACUCCAAUUUCUGUCUCUGAUUUUUGAAGGCCAUUCACUUUUCAUACAUGCCUAAAUAUAAAAUAAGCUCUCAUGUUAAAUUAAUUCAGAUCCAAAUGCAUCACAAGUCAUAUCACUUGUCAUUGUUGUGUUAUAGUUGACAGUUAGUUCAGCAGAUUGUUUUCCAGAAGACAUCAAUAUUUUACGGUUCCUCAUCGUUUUCAACAUGCUGACUGACGUGGUAGUAAAAACAAAUACCUUUAAAAUCUGAAUUAUGUUAGAAAAACAAAAGCUAUUGAUUUUCCAAUCAGUAACAAGCAAUUGUUUGCUGCAGCAAAGGUUCAUUACACGGUCUUUGUUAUGUGAAAAACGACACCUCUGCCCCCUUUCUCUGCAGGCUUAUGUUUUAAUUAAUGUUAAUUUGAAGAUAUUCAGGGAGCUUGUGGUAUUUUCAGGCCAGCUGCUCGACCUCUACUAUGAAACAUCUUGUCAGAAUGAGUUUUUUUUAGUGUUAGGGUCAUAACAUCAGACAAAUAAAAGUGAAAACCAUUAUCCCUCACUUAUCCUUCUCAUUUAGCAUCAAGAAACGAUCGUAAAGAUGGUAACAAAAAGCAGCAGAGUUUAAAUGUAGAAUGCAAGUCAUCUAUAAAAUAAGUUAUCAUUGGUUAUUCACUGGAUUCAGUCUGGAAGAGGUCAGAGAGACUGUGCACAGUUGAAUGAUGACUGAAUGUUGACCAGAUUAUCAGGAAUUGAACUGUGCCAUCCUGGAUGAAACAGUAGAGUCCUGUACAGCUCGAUUGAUUAGUGCUCUGACUGAUUCCUCUCCAUUGCACAUCAUACAUUAUAAAUGGCUUAAAUAUCACAUUACUGUCCAAUUACAGAUCACAGACUGAGAAUGUGAUCAAUUCCCCUCCCAUUAGGCGCUGACACACUUAAAGAUGCGUUUUAGGAUGUAGAGAUGGUAGGAAGGAAAGGGAAACUAUUAGAUUUGCUAAAUGAGUUUGAUACCAAAAAAGGAUAAAUCCAAAACAUUCAAAGACUCUGUUAGGACAUGUGGGGCCCUUACUACAAAAGGACAGUGGUCUGGACUUGCAGGAGCAUAUGGAUAUGUGUGACUUUUCCUCUUUAGUCCAUGCUCAAUGCUAACAUCUGUGUGCGCAUACAGGAUUAUCCAUGAAGAUGGCUUUUCUGGGGAUGAUGUGAAGCAGUAUAAGCCUGUUGUCUACAGCAACACCAUCCAGAGCUUGGCCGCCAUCCUCCGAGCCAUGGACUCCCUGGGCAUUGAGUUUGGAGACAAGGAUAGAAAAGUUAGUCUGACAGUAUCCCUCAAAUAUCCUUAAGAUUGAAGCGUAAAGGUGUAGAAACAAAAGUGGUAAAUUAUGUUGAAGUAUCUCUUCAGGUUAAGAUAUCUUGCUGUUAAAAGCCUAUAGAUGCAUGUAAUGGAAAAUAGGUAUGUAUUUAUCUAAAGCAAGAGUACUACCAAUAAGUCAUUUUCAGAAAUAAUGGAGCUAUUUUGCUUCAAAAUGUUGACACAGUAAACAAAAUUAUCGUAAAUAGUAUUACAACAAGUGAUACAUAAGUAUAAAGACACAAUUUCAUUCCUUUGUUCUCACAUCUUAUUAAAUGUAUUUGUGCAGGCUGAUGCUAAGCUUGUUUGCGAUGUGGUCAGCCGCAUGGAGGACACAGAGCCGUACUCUGCAGAACUUCUCACCGCCAUGAAGCGUGUUUGGGCUGACGCCGGGACUCAAGAGUGCUUCAACCGCGCCCGAGAAUACCAACUGAACGACUCUGCUCAGUAGUAAGUGUCCAAAAUGACUUUGAAUACUCCUGUUUCAGUGUGAUCAAGUGAUGUAAUUAACCUUUUUCCUAUUUGUUCUUCAGCUACCUGGACAGUCUAGACCGGAUUGGGGCGGCAGAUUACCAGCCCACAGAGCAGGAUAUCCUGAGAACUAGAGUGAAGACCACCGGCAUUGUCGAAACUCACUUUACCUUCAAAAACCUGCACUUCAGGUAACACUUGCUCAAAGGCUGUGGUGUCUUACAGUCAUCACAGCUUGGCCUUUGUUCUAGGCGUUUGGUCUAAAAUGGCGGUUAUCAAACUCGGAGACUGAAUUGACUUCUUGCACCUUUUUUUCAGGCUGUUUGACGUGGGAGGUCAGAGGUCAGAGAGGAAGAAGUGGAUCCACUGCUUUGAAGAUGUGACUGCCAUUAUCUUCUGUGUUGCUCUGAGUGGAUAUGACCAGGUGCUCCAUGAAGAUGAAACAACUGUAAGUAUGACUCAGUUAAUUCAACCUGCAUCUCUCUGCAGAAAAAUCCAUGGAGGGGCUUUGUACUGCUGUAAAGGCUGAUAAUGGGAGCCGUAAUGGACAAAAAAACAUUUGACAGGACUGCAGCUUCAACUGUUUGAGUCUGCGAUUUCUGCUGCAGCACAGAUAUCCUCAUAUUGGACCUUUGUCUCUCUCGUUUGCUAAUUCCAGUCUGCAUUAUCUGCUGUAACUGUAUAAAUAGUACAUAUCAAAUGCCAAUAGCUAGAAACUGGCCAUUUUUACAUAUUUUUACUGCAUUUCUGCAGAAAUAGAAGACAUAAUUCAAAGAUAUCAACUGUAAAGAUGUUUAGGGAAGCUGCUUCGUUUAGACUCUUGUUUAGAAUAAAGACAAAUGUCAUUAAACCAUACAAAAGGGGAGGAGAAUAAAAUUGUGAUUAUUUUCCUUUUGGUACUUGGACACAUUUCUCUGUAGGGAUCAAUAAAAAUCUUCUAUUGUAUCGUAUUUUUUAUUUUGACUGAAAUUGUAUCCUUGUCCUUUAUAUAAUUUGGGUACUUGAGUUCUGUUAACAGAAAAAAUAUAAACCCUUUUAAGGUGUGUUUUUUGUUCCUUGCUAAUAUUACCCAUGUAGACACGUCAUUUAUAAGCUCUUCCUAUACAAGUUUAACAGUAAUAUAUAACAAUUUCAUAUGUUUCAAUAGUCUCACAUUGACAGCAUAUUUAUUCAUUUCUGCUGCAGAACCGCAUGCAUGAGUCGCUCAUGCUCUUUGACUCCAUCUGUAACAACAAGUUCUUCAUCGACACCUCCAUUAUUCUCUUCCUCAACAAGAAGGAUCUGUUUGCUGAGAAGAUCAAAAAGUCACCGCUGACGAUCUGUUUUCCAGAAUACACAGGUGAGAGUCCCUGAUGUGUUACUUCAGUACAGAGCAGCUUCAUGAGUCAAGUGAUGAAGACGAGUCCCUCACAAUCUUCACUCUUUCUCUCUCUCUUUCCUCACACAGGUGCUAACACUUAUGAUGAUGCUACUGCAUAUAUUCAGGUUCAGUUUGAGAGUAAGAACCGCUCUCCCAAUAAGGAGAUCUACUGUCACCUGACCUGUGCCACAGACACAGGAAACAUCCAGGUAGUGUUUGAUGCUGUCACUGACAUCAUUAUUGCAAAUAACCUUAGAGGGUGUGGCUUAUACUGAGGCCUGACCAAGCACAGAGGUUGUCAUGGAGAGUAUGAGGUGUUAAUAAUGAUAAUUUUGAUGAUACUUAAACACAUAAAUAUGUAAUUCUACACGUCCAAAUGGACCCAAAGAGCUGCCGUCAGACACCACACUGGAUUAUUGCCAUGAUUUGUUCCCUUUCUCUUUUUAUUUUCAGUAAACGACCCCACUUUCGUCUUUUUAAACUGUGUUUUUGAGCUGAAUGUUUCAUGUUCUGUUGAUGACUGUGUCAACGACUGCUAAGGUCAGAAGCAGCAGCACCAGGGUUAUAUUCACCCAGAGCCUUGUUUUUGCAAACCCGGCCCAGAAAUAUAACAUGGGGUGUGCAAUGUCAUUUUUAAAUCAUAGUGUGGCAUACGGUCCCAUUUUUUAUGUGACAUUUUUAUGUGCACGUCUUGAGGCAUUUCUAACUGUACUGAAUAUAGCCUGUUGUGCUGGGUUGAAGAGCUGCUGUGUGUGUGUGAAGGUGGAGACAAUGUUGUUAGGGAGAUUGCUGUACUCGUGGCUGAGGCUCAUGGUCAGGGAAAAAAGGCUAUUUUAACUUUCAGAAGAGACAAAGCUUCCCUCUCCUUCAGACCCACACAUGACUGAGUUGCCUGCAGGUCUGUUCCUCUCUUUCACUCUGAAACAUAAUGAAAGAGAGGAUUCUUAUGUUCAGAGAGGCGGCCUGUUCCUAUUGGCUUCCUGUAGCAUGAGGAAAUGCCUGUCAGCCAAUGAAAUAUUCAACAAUAAAAUCCCUGUCAUAUUGGUGCCAUCCAUGUAAUGACGAGACCGGGGGAUUAGGAUCAGAAAUUAUAAUUCAUUCUCAUCGUUAUUUAAGUAACAGAUAAAACAUUUCAUUUUCAUUGAAUGAUUUAUUUAUUUAUUUAAGCCUCAUGCCCUACAUGCCUCCUCCUACCUCCUGAAAUCCCGUGCCACAUUAUUGAUAUCCUGAAAUGAAACACUGAGGUACACAGAUACCCGUCUAUGGUUCAGAGGGUAGGAAGCAGCCCUCCAAUGACAUCUUGUUCUCUGUGUGGUGCUUUACCCUUCGAUGUGAAACUGUGUAGAAAUAGAAGACUGCACUAGGAGAACAAUAUCAUUAGAGGCAGCGUCUGUCUGGGGAGUCUGGGUUUUUCCAAAACACCCUUGAUCAGCAAACAGGGAACCUCUUAUCCACCCCUCACUCGUCUGUCACGUUUCUCUUAUCACAGAGAAAAAGUACAGCUCUCCAUUUUCACCUGUGCACCCAGAAAUUCAUCCUCCCAUCCCUGUAUACUCUUAUCUAUCACAUAUCAGUCCUCAUAUCCUGUUCUCCAUUUUCACCUUAAAAGCACCGUACUGUAUAUAUAUUAUGAUUAUACCAGAUUUUUUUUUUACUGUGAAUGUUUUUGUGCUGCACCCCAUCCUAUUUGGUAGUUUAUUGGUUGCUCUCAUGUGGAAUGUUUGUGCUGAGCCAAUCGAAUGUUGUGUUUACAUUAAAGCCACACUUUUCCUAACUAC